AUGUUUAAAAGUGUGCAAGGCACCUUGGCCUUUGCUGGCCUUGUGGCGCUUUCUACUUCUUCUUCACUCUCUGCUAGGGACGUCACCACAGCUAAUGCCGAGUCUGCCUACAAUGCACUCAUGCAAUGGUACAACCAGCAGAAUGGCCUCUGGAUCCCGAGCACUGGAUGGUGGAAUAGCGCGAAUUGUUCGUCAUACUCUAUCGAGUUACACUAGCACUUUUAACAUUCAUAGGCCUGACUGUAAUUGCGGAUCUGGCGGCAGUGGAUGGAAGUCUCAAAAACGCCGUCACCAGCGUGUUCAAGACGACGUACACCAAAGCUCAGCAAUACAACUCCGGGACAUUGACAGUUGCCAAAGCGUAUGGGGUUCAGGGCGCUCCAUCUGGCCCGUCCUUUCAGAGUGCCCUGGCGCAUACCCAGGACGAUUGGCAGGCUUGGUUGCCCGUCUCUCAUUACAACUUCGAACUUUCGAGUGUCCUGGGUGACCUUUCAGGUGUCUUGGCCCGCGAUCUGACUGAGCGCGCGAAUACUGGAUUCUUGGACGGGUGAGUUCCGGAGUAUUGGGAAACAUGACGGAUUCUAACAAAAAGUAGCUAUUAUGAUGAUGAAGGAUGGUGGGCAUUGGGCUGGAUCGCAGCAUACGACUUGACUGGCAACACCACCUACCUCUCCCAGGCACAAACCAUCUUCAACGACAUGAACGCCGUCUUUGGCAAGACGAAUUGCUCUACGAUCAACGGCGUGACGGGUGGCAUCUGGUGGGACAAGUCGCACAGCUACGUCAACGCCAUCGCCAACGAACUCUUCCUCGACGUGGCUGCUCACCUCGCAAACCGCGUCAAGAACAGUAAUGUGAACUACCUCUCCAUCGCCAAGCAACAAUGGGCCUGGUUCCAGGCCAGCGGCUUGAAGAACUCUGGCAACACCAUCAACGAUGGCCUCGAUCAAUCCAGCUGCACGAACAACAACGGAACCGUCUGGUCCUACAACCAAGGCGUGAUCCUCGGAGGGCUGGCCGAACUCACACGCGCCACAGGCGAUACAUCCUACGUGACCGCCGCGCAACAAAUCGCCGACGCAGGCAUCGCAAAACUCGCGACCCCGAACGGCGGCAUCCUCCAAGACCCCUGCGAGCCGUCGACAUCCUGCGGUGCGGACGGAAGCCAAUUCAAGGGCGUCUUCACGCGCAAUCUCCAGAUUCUGCAGAAGCAAAGCCCGCAGAGCAGGUACGCGACGUUCUUGGACAACAAUGCGAAUGCGAUCUGGGCGAAUGAUAGGAAUUCGAAUUCGCAGUUGAGUCUGAAGUGGAAUGGGCCUUUUGUGAGCCCGGCGAAUGCUUCGACGCAGAGCUCGGCGAUGGAUGCUCUGGUGGCGAGUCUGGCGACUUGA